CUUCUCCUAAAAAUGAAUCAACCAAAGAAUGUAAUGACAUUAAAUCUGAUGAAACUGAUAAAAGUAAAGUUUAUAACGGUUCUGAUGAUGUAAAAAUUGAAGAUCCUAAGCUUUCUAAUGAACAACAUUCACUAAUAGUAGAAAAUGGAACAAGUGACUCUAAUGAAGAGGUAAAACACGAUGUAAGUGUGGAGUCAAAUGCAAAAGAAAUAAUAGAUACUGAUGAUACAAAUGAAGUUAAAGAAAAUGAAACCAAACAAUGUAAUUUAAAUGAUAGCUAUCUUGCAAUAGAUGUAGGUUUAGAACAUAAACCAGUGCGCAUUGAUGAUAGUGUCAUAUUAGAGCAGACAUCUAAGAAAGAUAUUCGUCAAAAAGUUUGGGCAUUUAUGGAAGAACACUCUCUUGUUAUAUUUCCAAAGCCUUGCUUUAACCGUAUACCAAAUUUCAAAGGAUGUAAUAACGUUUCACUAUUAUUAGAAAAGUUAGAAGAAUUUAAAAAAUCAAAAACAGUCCAAGUCACUCCUGAUAAAGCUCAAGAAACUGCUCGUUUCCUGACACUAAAUUGGGGUAAGAGAUUAUUAGUCCCCUUGCUUCGUUUGAAGGAAGGACUCUUGCAAAAUGUGUCKGUGCCAUUUGCUGAACCAUCAGUAAAAAUGUUGAGAUCAGCUAGUACUCAAAAAGGACUUCGUAAAUGGGGAAAUAAAUUAAUAACUUUGGAUCAAAACAAUGACAUUCAUAUAGACAUGAUUAUUCUGGGAUCUGUUGCUGUUGAUAAAAAAGGUCGCAGAAUUGGUAUUGGAGAUGGAUUUUGUGAUUUAGAAUUUGUCAUCUUAAGUUCUAUGAAUAUGGUGACUGAUAAAACUGUAGUAGUUACUAUUGUACAUGAURUACAGGUAUGUGAUAUUUAUUAUUUAAUUAGCAUUAGCAGUAUUGCGUAG